GCCGAGGAUUACGACGAUCUAUAUGGGAUUGUGUCGACUGCAAGAUGUUCAUUAAAACUGUCCAAGUACACCGAAGUUACUGAACUUCUCAAUAGAAGCCACAUUUUGGAUUCAGUAUCGGAAUAUUGGCGCCUUCGAAGUAUUGCAUACUGCAAAAGAGCCAAUUUUAAAGAGUCUAAUGGGUGCAUUAAUGAAGCAUUGAGACUAGAUCCCACAAACACAUUGGCAGGAAAGCAGAAGAAACUUCUCGGUAGACUCGUCGAAGAAAGUAUAACAAAAUAUCGAAUGCACCUCUACAAAAGUGGUAAAGUCAAGAUAAAUUCUGAAAUGGAUAACUUAAAAAAUUCUCGUAGCAAUGAGAAUCCCGUUUACAACAUUUUAUCAAUUGAUGGAGGAGGUAUACGUGCGGUAUUACCGGCUCUAUGGCUUAGCGAGAUAGAAUAUCGUGCACAUAAACCCAUCUCUCAUUUAUUUAAUAUGAUAGCCGGAACUUCAACCGGUGGGAUCAUUGCUGCUGGACUGUCGGCAUUAUUCUAA